AUGCCCGGGGUUAAGACCACGGAGAAGUACUACAGCUACAGGUACCACACCGAUAAGGGGGGGCUCUUCCUGCCGGACAAGCGCUACGGCAUCCCUGUGCCCCACCUGCAGGAGGUCGAUUUGCUAUGCAGCCACUGGUUCGUGGAGACUGACUGGGUGAAGCUGCUGUUCCGAGAGAAGUGGGAGACCCCGCAAACGGGAGAGGACUACAUGCUUGCCUACUCGCUGCGCAAGCACGCCGGGGUGCGGUCGUUUGUUUUACCCAUGGACCUUGGCGACAGCGAGACUUGGGGCAACGUAGACGUGGACUGGAACAUGCAACACCAGGGGGGUGAGGCGACAACGCUCCGCAGCACGGUGCCCAUGCGCGACCGCAUCUGGCACCGCCUGUUCAAGCGGGGCGGCGAGUACUUCAUGUCCCUGCGCUACGCCUCUCGCCCGAGGCCGCUGCUGCUCGUGGUCGACGGCGCCUUCGACGCGCAGGCCCUCCGGGCGCUCUUCCUCGUGCUCCAGGACUCGUACCCGCCCACAAGCGGCGGCGGCGGCGCAUCUUCUCACAACCUCGAAGAAGAAGAAGAAGAAGCGUCUUCGUCGUCGGGGGUGGGGGUCCCGCAGCGCCCCCCCCGGGUGGUCCUCACCGGGCGAGGUGGGGGCUCAGCGAGCUGCUCUCUGGCGGCCAGGGACCUGGGGAACACGAAGGACGGGCGCGUCAGCCGCGGCGGCGCCACGCUUUGCGACCCGGACACGUUCGCGUCGGCGUGGAACCUGGUGGCCGGGAGGCACUUCCCCCGGCAGGGCACGAGCAGGGGCGGCGGCAGCGGCGGCCGGGACCACGUGCUCAUGGUCGACCUCGCGCUGGGCCUGGCGGGGGCCGUGAGCACGGUCAAGCCGCUGGCGAUCGUCAGCGUCGCCGGGACGGGGCCUUCCGCGGGCACCCCCGGCGGGGUGGGCGGGGGCGGGGCGGCGAUCGACGAGGCGGUGGCGGUGGUGGCCGGGCAGGCCGGGGUGCCGGUGGUCCGGCUGCCGAGACGCGCGAGCGCGAGCGCGGCCGCGCUGUGGCUGUCGAGGCUCACGCCCAAGGCGUUCCGGGCGUGGCACAGGCCGCGGGUGGACAUCGUCGUGGUGUACGAGCCGUCGCCGACUAACGGCGGCAAUGGCGGCGGCGGCGGCGGCGGGGGCGGCCACACCGAAGCGCAGCUGGAGGCCCUCCUGAACAGCAUCUCGGAGGCUCACUACCUGGGCGACAGCGUGGGGGUGACGAUAGCGGUCGCGUCGGGACCCGUCCCGGAUAGCGUCGGGGACGAGUCCUUCCCCUGGCCGCGUGGCCGCAAGACCGUGCGCGGCGGGUCCCUUUUCCCUUCCAAGCCAGCCGACCUCGUCGGCGGUUCAGCGUCUCCGGCGACCCUCGCUCUGCGAUCGUGGAUGCCCCGUGGCGACGACGAGGACGACAGCUUCGUGGUGGUCCUCGAGGCGGACCGGGUCGUGAGCCCCCUCUUCUACUCGUGGCUGAAGGUGGCGGUGCUGGAGACGAGCUACGGCGGGGCGGCGGCGCCGAAGCCGUCGGCCUCCGACCGCCGGCCGGCGGCGGCGGCGGCGGGGUCGAGGGGAGGCGUUUGCGUACCCGGCGACGCAGGGGGGGAAGCAGGCGGCGGCACGUGGCUGAUGCCCGCCGGGCACUGGCGGGCGGCGCAGGCCCGGUGCCUGAGAAACAAAGACGGCUUCGAAGGAGGAGGAGGAGGGCCCGGGACAGGGUGCGAAAGCACGGGUUAUCCGCAGCCGUCCGAACGAGUGCUGUGUCCGAUAGUGACGGAGCCGGGCGAGGCCCUGGUAGGGAGGACCGGUGCGGACGGGGCGCUCUUGGACGGAUGGCCGAGAGGCUUGAUGGAAAACGGGGAUGCUCUGGCAAGCUUCGUCGAGCGUGUUCUGUUUCCGUAG